UGCUCCAUUCAAACGGCUCAAAACCUCGGCUCGGUGCGUGUUCAGUACAGCUGAGCGGCUAUAAGUGCAAAAAAAGAUAUUGAGUACAAGGAGAAUAAUAUUCUUCAAUUUUAAAAAAAAUGAAGCCUUUAAAAGAACCGCAAUAUUUUCCAAGAUUUUCUAAGACAUUUACGUUGUGACGCACACCACUUAAAAACUAAAUUUGAAGAAUAUAGACAGGAAAGAUCGUAAGGUUAAGAAUGUUAAAGAUUUUUAAAUUUUGUAAUAAAAGUUGGAAGUCAAUAAUUUUUUAAUUGUUAAUAUUUAAAUAAGUGCAAGUAGCAGUGUGUCACUGUGAGCUAAUUUCUGCCUUUUAACGAUGAUUUUGUUAAAAAGUUAGAAAAAAAGAAUUGUAGAAAUGGAACCAUAUUCCGAUGAUUUAUUAUGGCUUGUGGUGUGUGGGUUUAUCGUGGCGUUCAUAUUAGCGUUUGGUAUUGGCGCCAACGAUGUGGCUAACUCGUUUGGUACCAGUGUUGGCUCCAAGGUUCUAACGUUGACACAGGCAUGCAUCCUUGCAACAAUAUUCGAAAUCGCUGGAGCUGUUUUAAUAGGCUAUAAAGUAUCAGAUACGAUGAGAAAGGGCAUUCUGGAUGUGUCACUUUAUGCUGACGGCGGAGAGAGGUUGUUGGCUGCUGGGUGCCUCGCUGCCCUAAUUGCAGGCGCAGCCUGGCUCAUUGUUGCUACGGCUCUUCGCCUGCCCGUGUCUGGGACACACUCUGUGGUGGGUGCUACUGUCGGUUUUACUCUGACGGCUAAGGGCCCAAUUGGAGUGCGAUGGUCUACGCUCGGUGCUAUAGUGCUGUCCUGGUUUAUUUCCCCCGUGUUGAGUGGUGCGGUAUCAGCGGUUUUAUUCUGGCUGGUACGUAGGUUCAUUCUCCGAGCAUCUCAGCCCUUAACAACUGGAUUAAAAGCUCUCCCGUUCUUCUACGGAGCCACUGUCGCUGUUAAUGUGUUGAGUGUUGUACACGAUGGGCCGAAACUUUUGGCGAUGGAUAAGAUUCCAAUGUGGUUGGCUCUGGCAGGUUCUAUAGCUCUUGGUGCAGUGAUUGCAGUCUGUGUUAGACUAUUCUUAGUGCCAUACUUUCGCAGAAAGCUUAUUCCCAAACCAGUUAAUUUUGUACUUGGCGUGUCUAAUGAAACAACCCCAGCAAACACGCCAACAAACUGUGGUAAAGGCGUUCCCCAGCGUCCGACGUCAUUACUCUCUGAAGACGGGAAGGUUCUAGAAGCAAUAGCCGAGAGCGCCGAAAUGGUGACCCUAAGCGAUGCGGACAAAUGUUCCCUCGGUGUCAGAGAAAUGAACGUCAGAAACGCUCUAUUAGCAACGAUGGACGACUGCAGUAUUCUCUCCCGAAGCCUUAGCCCGCCUGAUAAGUCCCGCUUGCAAUUGAUAGACGCAGACCCUCAGAUAAAUACCCUCAAAUAUAUCGAUGAGACUCUGAGCUGCUGUAAGAGUCUGGACUCUACUCAGCUGGUGGGGAUGGGUGAGAGCUACGACUCGAAGAAUGGAUUUAUGGACUCGUGUGAUACAAUAGCGAGGGCUGAAUUUGGAAGGAUGUCUGCGGUACGGGCCAUGUCUUGUGCCGUUGAAUUUGAUACUCCGAAGAUUGAUAGGGGGGUCAUACUACAAGUCCCCGAAGGCGGCAGCGCCUGGAGCAUAGAGUGCGAGGGCAGGGGGCUCCCAGCCAUAACACCAAACUCCAGUGCAGCGCCCUUGCUCCGAGCCACUACUCCACCACCGGUCGUCCCACCUCCAGCCCCACCGGAUACCUUGAGGCUGUUCUCAUUCCUUCAAGUGCUCACGGCUACCUUUGGCGCCUUCGCUCACGGUGGUAAUGAUGUAAGCAACGCUAUAGGACCAUUAGUGGCUCUAUGGUUGUUGUAUUCAGAGGGAGGUGCGCAUGCGCGUGCUGAAACGCCCCUUGCGAUAUUAGUAUUUGGGGGCAUUGGUAUCGCCCUUGGCUUGUGGCUUUGGGGUCGAAGGGUCAUACAGACGGUUGGGGAGGAUCUUACCAGCAUAACACCUGAUACGGGGUUUACAAUAGAGCUGGGUGCUGCGUUAACAGUUCUAGUAGCCAGUAAGGCUGGCCUCCCAGUAUCAACUACUCACUGCAAGGUCGGUUCAGUAGUCUGCGUGGGAUACUUCUCGGAGAAGUCUGUUGAUUGGAGCUUAUUCAGGAACAUAAUAUUCGCGUGGGUGGUGACGGUACCCGCCGUGGCGGCGAUUGCGUCGCUCUCCAUGCUUGCCCUCGAAGCAUUUGUUGUUUAAAACAUUUUAAACACGUGUAAUAAAAACCCUGUAACUGGAAUUUUAAUAAAACUGACAUAUUGUAAACUUGAUAUUGAAAACAACUUGUAUGUGGUUUUAUUCAUGUAUAAUUUUAACUGGGUUCGUUAUGAUAUGUUGAAACAGAAUAGAAUGAAACAUAUGAAACUAAAAGGCUAUUUUUUUAGUACACAUCGGUUUGGCGAGUGUUUUAAACACGUGUCCGGGUUUCGUAUGAAGAUAUAACAGGCGAAGAAGUUUUCAUACAAAUAUUAUACGCGAUAUAUAUUUGAAAAAUAUUGUAAACGAUACUAACAUUUAAGCUACUGAUUUGAUUUAUCAAAACUAUUUAUUCAAUUAUUAAAAAAGUUCCAUAUAAGAGGGUUUUUACUACACACACAAUUAAUUCAAUAGUAUCUUUUAUAUUAUUAUUUCAACAGCAGCAAUAAGUCAAUUUGUAAGAAUAUUGAUAUUGGCGAGUAACAAUUUUCAAACACCUUUUAUUAAACGUGAUUAUGUUAAGUACCCAUCGCUCUUAUUAAUUAAUUAAUAAUGUCGCUAAAAAUAUUAGAUUAUUAAAAUGUUACAACUCUUUAAAUAGAUACAUACAGAUUUGUUUUGAGCUUGCAAUGGCCUUCUCUUGUGACAAGAGAGUAUAUAAUCCUAUUUUAAACUCAUACAAAAAUUAAAAUUACCAUUACGGUGUUAAUCCUUCAUCGUUGUGGGUAAUAGAAGAGAAGAUAAUUAAAUAACAAAACUUUCAAGUUAGUUCAGUGUUGCAAAAUUUAUAUGCUCGCUUUAUUAACAAUAUAGAAAUAAUUGAAAUAUUUCUCAGAGAUUUAAAAAACACGUUCAUGCUUGUGUUGGAAACCAUUACCAGCCCAUAUCAAUAUUGCGAUGUUAGAAAUUCCUGUAGCAACCCUUAGUAAUCUUUAAAACGCAGCUUUAUAAAUUCAAUUAUGUAAUCAAUUUAAGUAUUUUUAAGGCAUUGUAUUUGAUAUUACAUGUCCGUAGAUUGAUUAAUACUACACUUAAUUAAUAAAAGAUUUCCGAACACAACGGUUUUUCAAGUUGUUAGCAGCGUCGUGCUUAUUAUAUUCGAAAAUCUAUAGACAAGGAUUUUAAUUAAAUUUGGAAAUGAAAACUUGACUCUAUUUAUAAAAAACAAAAAUACGUGAAAUGUAUCUAUAUAAAAACUGACAUUGAACUACACUUAUAAAGCUUAUUUCAUAUAUGUAUUUUCGUAAAUAAAAUUAUAUAUUUUA